AUAAUGACCAACUCAUCCACCAUGUUCAACCCGUAUCAGUAUCAUCAAUCCUUCUUCGGUCAUCUUCUCGCUCUGGCAGGACUGACUCUGGGGGCGAAACGUGUUCUUGCUAAAUGGCAUGCCGUCUCCACUCUGGCCAUCCCUGCAGAUUUGGACGCGCCCAAGCCUCCUCCUGUCGUCCAAUCAGGCGUGCCAAUUUGGCGUCGGGUAUUGAAGAGCAGAAAGACUGCGUUCGCAUGUAUCAUGACACUCAUCUUCUCAGUUGAGAUGUUCCUCAUCUUUGUCUUGCCUAGGAUCAGCAGUCAAUUGGUUUUGGACAUUAUCUGGGGAGGUUUGGAGGCUGCCAUCUACUUGAGCGUGUUUUACAAUGUUAUCGAUAUCAUAUUCCCAGUCGCGACUGAAGUCUCGUAUGUCCGUGCAAAGCCAGAAUUACCAUACAUACUCAAGAUCACUCGAGUAGAAUCUGAUCGUUUCUUGGACAAACGAAACCCCCGUCUUGCUCUAGCUGCAUUGCUCGUUGGGGCCGUAUUCGGAAUGUCGGUCCAUCGCUCCAAUGCUUUCAAUGGUCUGGUCGUGGCGGCUUGGGUCAUGCAUAUCACUUCCAGUUGGUCAACCCCCAUGUUGAAGAUGAGAAGGCUUGUGCAGGUCUUGCUUGGUUACGUGGCCUUGAUCGUCGUCACAUUCGUUAUUGUAGGAGGUGCUGUUGCGCUUCAUCAGAAAUAUAAACAAUCGGAUGAAUCAUCGACUACAGACGACGAGCCGGACAUGUCGAAGUGGGCCACCCCGAGUGAUUGGCUCAUUCAAGUCAUGCUAAUGAUCCUUCCCGCGUGGUCUAUCCUUCCACCUGCCGUAUUGGUCGCCGCCAAUUUGCGUUUCGAUGCAGCUUCGACCAUCUCUCCCCGCGUUGUGGCCACAUCUACCUCUGCGAUCGUCCCAACUUCUAUCCCACCUUUCCGUAUGCCGCUCUUCCUCACUUCUCUCAUCUCCCUAGCCGUAUCUCUCGGUCUCAUCGAUCUGGUCCAAUACUUCUCCGGAGAUAUCCCUGCAUUGCGAGGUCUCGUCGACGCUCCGGUAGUGCAUUUACUCAUCACUGUGCCUUUCACAUGUGGGGCAACAGCCCUGGUCGCUUGGAUGCGCGGUGAAUUGAACGAUUGGUGGAAGUAUGAAGAGACGUGGGUCCCUCAGGCCAAACCUGCCAGUGAGAGGGAUAUGGAGAAGGGUGCUGCGGAGGAAGAAAAGGGUUUGUUGGAGAAGUCUGAAAAGGCAGCGGCCAUGUUGGAUGGAGCUUGAGAUGAGUGUUGAGAUUCAAGCCAAAUGUCAAAUUACAAAUGUGAUGUACAAGUUGUCAUAAGAUUUGUCAUGCUUAUGUACGAACAUUACUUGUUGGUAUGAAAAUCUGUUAUCCUG